GCCCCAAACAAGGGGCAGUCACAGCAGCGAGCAGCGUCAACUGGGAGAUCGCGGGACCGGGGAGUUUGCCGGCGGCGGCGGACCAAAGCGGAGCCUUCACUGCGUGCACCUGCAAGCGGCGGCCGCUGGGCAGCUCGUCGGAAGGCGCCGCGAUCCACUGCCGCCCGUCGGUGCCCGCGCCGCGACUGUGCUUGCGCGUGUGCCGCUCCGUCUCUGUGUGUGGCUCCCUCCCGACCGCCUAUUGGCUGGGAGGUGCCCGACGUCACAAUUGGGAGUUCCUAUAACUCCCCCACACUCUCAACAUAACGGGCUCCGGGCAAGUUCUAGGCAGUCAGGAGGUGACGAAAGGGCGGAGGGUCCGAGCAGACAAAUGCCUCCGCGGCUGCAGGCUGCAUGCGGCUCCCUGUCCCGCCAAGCCCCGCGUGCGCUCGCCAAGUCUGGAUCUUCUCCAGCGCUCCCGUAGCGGCCACUGAGAGCAGAGAGCCUGCAAAGGGGUCAGCGGCCGGGCGCUUCGGAGCAUUGGUCACACCCCGCGUGACGGACAGACCCUCCGCGCGCGGACCUGCCGAGAGACGCUCCAAGUAGGAGCGGCGCACAAGAAGAGCUUGGACGCGGCUGCUUUCCCUGAGGGCCGGGCGCGAUGGAAGCGGUGAGCGCCGCCAGCGCCGUGCAAGCCACGCUGGGUGCCAACAGCAGCAGCAGCGGGCAGAGCGCGGGCAACUCCACCGGCUCGGAAGAGAGCUGGGUUGUGGGCAUGGGCAUCCUCAUGUCCCUGAUAGUGCUGGCCAUCGUCUUCGGCAACGUGCUGGUGAUCACCGCCAUCGCCCGCUUCCAGAGGCUGCAGACGGUCACCAACUAUUUCAUCACGUCGCUGGCUUGCGCGGACCUCCUGAUGGGGCUGGCGGUGGUCCCUUUCGGAGCUAGCCACAUCAUCCAGCUCACGUGGAAGUUCGGGAACUUCUGGUGCGAGUUCUGGACCGCCAUCGACGUGCUGUGCGUGACGGCCAGCAUCGAGACUCUCUGCGUCAUUGCCGUGGACAGGUACUUCGCCAUCACCUCCCCCUUCAAGUACCAAAGCCUUCUGACCAAGAAUAAAGCCAGGAUGGUCAUCCUGUUGGUUUGGGUCAUUUCUAUCCUAACCUCCUUCUUGCCCAUCCAGAUGCACUGGUACAGAGCCACGGACCCUAAGGCCAAAGAGUGCUAUAGCGAUGAGACCUGCUGCGACUUCUUCACCAACAAAGAGUAUGCCAUCACUUCUUCCAUCAUCUCCUUCUACUUGCCCUUGGUAGUCAUGGUCUUUGUCUACGCCAGGGUCUUCCAGGUGGCCCAGAAGCAGCUGAAGAAGAUAGGCAAAUGCGAAGGGAGGUUCCACCAGCAAAGUUCACAGCAGGAGCAGCAGGCUGGAAGGGGAAUCCACAGGAGGGCAUCCAAGUUUUGCUUGAGGGAACACAAAGCGCUCAAAACCCUGGGCAUUAUCAUGGGCACCUUCACGCUGUGCUGGCUCCCAUUCUUCAUCGUCAACAUUGUGUCUGUUGUCUCAGAGGACGUCAUCCCCAAAUUUGUGUACAUCUUUUUGAACUGGGUGGGAUAUGUCAAUUCGGCCUUCAACCCUUUGAUUUACUGCCGAAGCCCAGACUUCAGGUAUGCUUUCCAGGAGAUCCUUUGCUUCCGGAGGUCUGCCCUGAAAAUGUACGUCAAUGGAUAUUCCAACAGCAAUGGGAAAAAUGAUUUCAAUGGGGAUCACAAUGGCUAUCAUAUGGGACAAGAGAAGGCUAGAGAACUGCUGUGCGAAGAAGGAAGCCCCCAUGCUGGGGAAGAGUUUUUGCACUGUAAAGAGAUCCCUGGGUGCCCUGGAAUGGUUGAAAGUUGAGCGGGUUAAGCUCUUGCCCUCCAAACCAUUCAGAAGCUCAUGAAGAGACAAGUCGAAGCUCUGCUUUACUUCACAUUCCUUUGUACAGGGAUGAAGGGAAGGACAGCUAGCAAACCAAGUUUCCAGGCUGCAGCGUAAGAAAACUGCAGUGAAUGAACCAUUUCGGGGAUUCAGCUGUGAGAAGCCAAAUCAGUUCUGUGUAACUACUGCUUGAGAUAGGAUUGGUGGAGCCUUCGCAGUGCAAUAAUGAAAGGCUUUCCUGGAGCUGAGGAACGUGAGUUUCCAGAAGUAGGGGAAGAAUUAAUGAUUUUAUUAACUCACCCACACUGUCUCCACUGGAAAUAUCCUCAAGGAGCUGAAAAGCUUUGGGAAGACAUUUUCGCAUCUUGUUAGUCUACUUGAGGAAGGGACAUCAAGUAUCUGGCUUCCUGGUGAAGGCAGCAGAUUGCUAGGAUUGGGACGGGAUCACUAUGCAGCCAAAACGUGAAAAGAAUUUGGAAAGUAAUACACUGAGGAGCACUCCUGUAAAACCAAAUUGGUUUGCAGUGCACAUUCAAAGCUGGUUUCUGCUCCUGGAAGUAUUUGGCUAGCUUUUCCCAAGCCAGCACAUGUCCCCAUAGCCAAGUGGUUCCACAAGGACAGAAGUGAAUAACCGCAUUGUGGUAGGAUUUCAAAAAAAUUGACUCAGUGUUUACCAAGGCCCUUAUUCAGAGGCAGUUCUCAGUAAUCUUGACUUCUGUGCAAUAUCAAGAGACCCCAAGAGACCAAGAUUGAAAGGCAGCUUCUCUCUCUCUCUCUCUCUCUCUCUCUCUCUCUCUCUCUCUCUCUCUCUCUCUCUCUCUCUCUCUCUCUCUCUCGACUUGUAAGCAACCAAACACCCCUCAUAUACAGUUCUUGAAGCCAAGCUUUCUGCAUCAACCUCAAAGUAUCAUAGGACGCCUGCAUUCUUCUUUUGGAAUAUUGAGAUGUCUGGCCUUGACUAUUCAGCUCGCUCCAAGUGCUGAUGAUGUUCAGCCCCCUUUGCCAGGAGACACUGGGGGAAAGAAGCCUUGUUGAAUACUUGGGAGAGACAGACCAGUGCCAGAGAAGCUUGUGUGAGGAGUCUGGAGUCGAAGUUGGAUGGCCAAGGGUGGUUUCAGUUAACAGGGGAGAAUCUUUCAAGUUGUGGUUUUAUAACAAAACUCAAUUCCCUGUAUUUUACAUUAACAACUUUGAGGUGUAAAAAAAAAAUGCUUUCAAAUGUAAUCUGUUUCAGCCUGGAAGGCAACAGUCAGCUUAAAAAUGCAGAAGGAAAGGUUCUUCAUUUUGAUGAUUAUGUUAAGGGCUUUGUCCCGUAAGAUUUAAAAGAUGCCUGGAUCCAAACCAUGAAUUAUUGAGGCUUCUGUGUGUGUAGUGUCCUGUCCCUUUGACGCAGUGUGCAAUAUUGCUAAGGAUCAAAAGACCUUCCACUGUCUGCAGCAAAAGAGAAGGAGAAACCCAUGCUAUCACAAGGGGGAACGAAGCUAUCCAUCAGCAGAGAAGCAGGUGUUCUUGCCAUUGUGUGUGACAAAUGAUUGUACUGCCGUUUGCUCUCAUGGACUGUGUGCAAGCAUGAGCCUCUUACUCAUUGGACUGCUUUGAACCCAUUGGAUUCCUAAAUAUCAUGUGGUGGGGUGGGGAGAAGGGAUUUGGGGCUCUGCAGGGCAUGUUGCCUGUGAAAUUAAGACACACCGGGCUUCCAUGUAUGCUGCUCUAAAGUUGUGGUGUCUAUUUAUUUAUUUAUUGGGUGCACUUGUUUCCUCACCUUCCUUAUUAUGGGGGAAGAUGGUGGCAAAUCUCACAGAGCAAUGGGUCACUGGCGGCUCCAAAAUAAAAAAUAAAAACUGAAUCCAUUGUGUGAUGGUGUCCAAUAUCUGCUAGAGGAACGUUAGGGGAUAAAUUCUGUCAUUUUAUUCUUACUUUGCUGGUCCAGAAGAGACCAUGUCAGUAUGCUAGUUCCCCCGCAGUGCCUUCUGUCUCCAUUUCUGCUUUCUUAGCUACACCAUGUGUAGUAUUAAAAAAACAAAUUUGAUUUAAUGCUUAGAGGUUCUUUACAUGUCCUCUUUGUGUACAAUCAGCUGGCCUAGAGCCUCACUGGAUAUAAACCAGGCUAGCUUCACUACAGUCUCUCUGUUUAUCUAUGCAUAUUUCUCGUGGAGCCUCUCCACUGUAGCUUCCUCUCAUGCAUUGCAAGCUAGUUGUACAUUCGCUGCUUACGCAAAGAUUUUCAUUGACCACACUGGCAUUUAAUCAUUAUCUACUAGCAACAACAACAACAACAACAACAACAACAACAACAACAACAACAACAACUUGUUGAUACCCUGCCCAUCUGGCUGGGUUUCCCCAGCCACUCAGGGCGGCUCCCAACAGAAUAUUAAAAACACGAUAAAACAUCAAACAUUAAAAACUUCCCUAAACAUAUGACAUAGGAGGUUCCCUUAUACCAAGUUAACCCAUCUGUCUAUUUGGCUCAGCACUGCAAACACUGGCUGGGAGUGGUUCUCCAGGUUUUCAGACAGGAUAAAAGCGCCCCAACAUUCUUGGUGGUUGCAUGUGUGUGGACAUAGAUUAAUGCAGCAUUUGUUUACCAUCAUGCGGACUCCUGCAGACGACUUUGGUUUUUGAGUUUGAAAGGUUUUGAAGAUGCUUCUAGGUUUUGGAAAAACUCGACAAAGGAGCAAAUGCUUAAGCUUCGUUUUCCAAAACAAAAAGUAUCUAAU